AUGGUGCGAAAGCUUUUCGCCAGUAUCCUGAAUUCGACCCGAUGCGAUGGCUAUAUUAAGAUUCAGCAAGCCGAAGCGAUUGUGGCUCUACACGACAUUUUCAAGCAGCCGACCUUGUUUGCAGACCAUAUCCACCGAUACUCACUCAGCGUGACGCGGAGCAUCUCCUAUGGACAACGAGUAAUGUCACACGACGACCCCAUUGCCACUAAACUCUCGAGCGUGGUCGCAAACUUUUCGUACGCCAUGACACCGGGAAGAUUUCUUGUUGAAUCGAUGCCAAUAUUACUCCGCCUCCCUCGCUUUAUGAACCCCUGGCUCGCACUCCUGGAGAGAUUUAGAGAUGAGGAAGAUGCACUGAGUCUGGAGAAUUAUCGCAACGCCCUCGAACGAGGAAAGAAGCAUCCGAAACAGAAGACGAUCGUGAAAGACCUUCAGGAGCUAAGGGCGGGCAAUGAGUCGAUCAGUGAAAUUCAAGCAGCCACGACUUGUGCUGAGAUCCUUCAGACUGGUGCGGACACGACAGCGAACUCUUUGGUCAUUUUGAUCUUGGCGUGCCUCGCAUUUCCAGAGGUCCUUGCCAAAGCUCACGAAGAAUUAGACCGCGUGAUCGGUUGUGAUCGCUUCCCUACGUGGGAGGACGAGCCGAACCUCCCUUACAUCAGGGCUAUGAUCAAAGAACAGCAUAGAUGGAACACCAUCGCUCCAAUGAGUUUCGCACAUUACACGAAUGCCGAAGACGAGUACAACGGGUACCGGAUCCCGAAAGGAACAGUCGUUCGGAUCAAUACCUGGGCGAUGCAUCACGACCCCGAGCGAUAUCCAGAGCCAUUCCGCUACAAUCCGGACCGGUUCCUCGACCAUAAGCUCAGUGCCUCGGCCUAUGCCAACGGCAGUGAUGUAGCUGCGCGGGACCAUUUCUCGUAUGGUGGCGGGAAACGGAUUUGCGUUGGCAUGCAUUUGGCGGAGCGGUCCUUGUUCACCAUGGCGUCUCGAUUACUUCAAACUUUCGAGAUCAAACCCGCCUUAGAUGAGAAUGGACAAGAGAUUCCUGUGGAUACUAGUUCCUCCAGGUUCAGCAGCUCACUGAUCUCGGUUGCUCUGCCAUUCCAAGCCCGCUUCAAGGUCAGAAACGCGGCAGUUGAGCACCUACUUGAAAAGGAGUGGAUAGAGACUGCCCGCGAGGGAAAAGUUGAAAGUUGGGAGGGCGUGUUAUGA